AAAAUAAAAAGAAGAACAAGCUGCUAAAAUUUCGACAUUGCACUCAAGAUUCUCCCCAGGUGAAAUCCAUCCCGGAACAAUAAUCCCCGUAAUUCGCAGUUACAGCGCGCAAAACGGUCGCAAAGCGGUGCGUGACCAGAAUUCAACAUUCGGUGAUCGCGAGCCAAGUGGAAAGUGCGUGGUACGGUGCAGUGCUUCAGGAGAAAUUGUGCGACAAAAUUUUGCUCUUACGUCGAGAACGGCUGUUGGUGGAAGUGCUGGCUGGAGCUGUGCGUGAACUGGAGGGGGCAGAGAUGACGGAAUAAAAAUUAGUGGUCUUGUUUUCAAUUAUCGAGUGUCGUUGAGAACGGGUUAGAUAUUAUUGGUUCUUAAAUUGAUCAGAUCGCAGCGAAGGAUCCGGUUUGGAAGACGCUUGAACGAGCGUUGGUCGCUGAAAGGAGGAUGUUACUUCCUGCUUUGCUCAAAAGGAGCUCGAAUAAUCGUCGCAAGCUGAAGUAGACCAGAAAGUAAACAAGCAAGAGGCGAACAACAUUACCAGGUACCUAUCCUAAAAUCAACUGCGUUCGCUGAGGAUGGAAGGGGACAUUUGUCGAGUGUGUCGCUGCGAGGCGCAAUCCGAUCGACCGCUUUUCCACCCGUGCAUCUGCACUGGAAGCAUCAAAUGGAUCCACCAGGACUGUCUAAUGCAGUGGAUGCGCUACUCGCGAAAGGAAUACUGCGAACUCUGCGGCCAUCGGUUCUCGUUUACGCCAAUCUAUUCGCCGGACAUGCCGAGGGUGCUGCCCCUGAGGUACGUGGCCGGUGGAUUGCUGAGUUCCAUUGGGACCGCGGUGAACUACUGGAUCCACUACAGUAUGGUCGCAGUCGCAUGGCUAGGCGUGGUCCCACUGACCGCGUAUCGGACGUAUCGUUUCCUGUUCUCCGGAUCUAUUGACAUGCUGCUGACCUUGCCGAUUGACAUGUUCUCAACGGAAAAUAUUGCAAUCGAUGUGUUCCGGGGAUGCUUCGUGGCAACGUGUACCUUGUUUACUUUCAUAGGACUAGUCUGGCUACGAGAACAAAUCAUCCAUGGCGGGGGGCCAGAUUGGUUGGAACGGGAUGAUCCUCCUCUCGUCGCACAGGGUAACGCCAACGGGAACGAAGAGCGUCAGGACCAAGACAAUGUCCAGGAAGCGAACGAUGCCAACAACAACAACAACAAUAAUAACAAUGACGACAACAACAAUGAAGAGGAGCACAAUAACAACAAUAACAACAAUUUUCUUGAUAACAAUUUGAUCAACCUGCAGAAUCGGAAUCGUCAGCAGGAACCACCAAUUGCACCCCCACCAGCCGUCCCAGCGGCUGCUGCCCCGGGUGAACCUCCAGCAGUACCAGUCGCAGCACCUCGAUUGCCACCUGAAGCUCCCGCUCCCGAUCAUGCGCCAAUUGAUCCGGCCGAACCGCCACCACCAGUUGCCCCGGUCGAUGCCGAAGCCGAACCGGAAGCAGUCAACGAACCGGCAGAAGGUGCCGCCGAUGAAGCCAACUGGAAUCCUAUGGAAUGGGAAAGGGCAGCCGAAGAGCUCACUUGGGAGCGCUUACUUGGGCUGGAUGGAUCGAUGGUUUUCCUGGAGCACGUUUUUUGGGUUGUUUCGCUCAACACAUUGUUCAUCUUUAUCUUCGCCUUCUGUCCGUACUCGAUUGGAAACUUUUUGAUUUCCUUCUUGGGUAUCAUCACGCCCGGAAAACCGCUGCUGCACUUUCACGGGCUGCUGACGACGCUGCUGGGCUACUGCGUAAUCGGAAUAACCCUGAUUAAGUUACAUGCCAUCGCUCGAUUUCUAAGGUGGCGCCGUCAGCGGCGCAUUCUUGGCAUGUGCUAUAUUGUGGUGAAGGUGUCGCUCCUGUCGGUGGUGGAAAUCGGAGUGCUUCCACUGGUGUGCGGAUGGUGGCUUGAUAUCUGCUCCCUACCAAUGUUCGACGCUACGUUAAAGGACCGUAAAGCGAGCUUCAAGGCUGCUCCAGGAACUUCAUUGUUCAUUCACUGGAUGUUCGGAAUGGUUUACGUAUACUACUUUGCAUCGUUCAUCGUGCUGCUACGAGAGGUGCUGCGACCCGGUGUUCUGUGGUUCCUUCGCAAUCUGAACGAUCCGGAUUUUAGUCCAAUUCAGGAAAUGAUUCACCUGUCAAUUUUGCGCCAUGCUCGACGUCUGAUUGCUUCCGCAAUUAUCUUCGGAUCGGCCGUACUGCUGAUGUUAUGGGCACCGAUCCAGAUUCUCAAGUCCGGAUGGCCCACGUUCCUACCAUACACAUUGUCCGGUGACUCCGAAGUCAACGAAUUGAGUUUACAACUGCUUUUGCUACAGAUCAUCCUACCUGGUUUCUUCGAGCAGUCCCAUACACGAAUCUGGCUCAAAGGUCUGGUCCGGAUUUGGUGCAACGUGGUGGCUAAGAUUCUCGGCAUCAAAAGUUACCUCCUCGGAACGGAACCACGGCCCAAUGAAGAUGAAGUUCCACCGCGUCAGCAGCCAGAUCUUGGAGCGGGGCUAGCGGCUGCUCAUCAGGCCAUCAUGCAACGUGACGUUCCCGUUGGCUUCCAGCCGUACGAACGGCCACCCUUCUUUGCCGUCCGAUUGGUAGGGCUGUUAGUGUUGAUGUGUAUCAGUUUGGUGAUAGGUUCAUUAACAACCCUGACUGUUCCGGUGUGGAUUGGGCGUCACGGGAUGGCUCUCUGGUCGAUGGGAUCACAGAUAACCCCUCCGCCGAAUGCGGUCGCAACUGGUGCUGAAACGCCUCCACGGCCUCAUGAGCUUUACACGGCCGCCAUGGGCACCUAUCUCUGUUGGAUAAUUUCUAGGGGCAUUGCGGUGGCAGUGAAUCUGUUCCCACAGGGAAGAGCAGUCGUGAUGGAACGAGUCAAGCAUUGGAUAUCUGUGGCAACGUCCUACGCUCUGGCAGCCAUCAUUUUCGUACUUAUGCUCGGAGUGAUUCCGCUGAUGUUCGGAUUGCUUCUGGAGUUGGUGGUCGUUGUCCCAUUACGUGUUCCACUCGUUCAAACACCAGUACUGUUCCUGUGGCAAGACUGGGCACUGGGAGUUCUGUACACCAAGAUUGCUUGUGCACUCACGUUGAUGGGACCGGAUUGGGCGCUGAAACGAGCCAUCGAACAAGCCUAUCGUGACGGUCUCCGGGAUAUGAAUCUACGGUUUAUCAUUCGGGAGCUGGGCGCCCCGGUCAUCACGUGCUUCGGUCUAGCGUUGGCCGUGCCCUACGUGAUCGCCCAUUCAAUAAUGCCGAUAUUCUUCACCAACCAAGUUACGCGAAUACUGAUAGCUCGACAGAUCUAUCCAUUCUUCUUGCUGAUAGCGUUCAUAAUCGUGAUCGUGAUUCUGCAAAUUCGUCAGUUCAAGAAACUGUACGUUGCUAUCAAGAACGACAAAUACCUGGUCGGCCAACGGUUGGUAAAUUAUGACCAUCAAAGAAAGAAAGCAGCCCAGCAAGCGGCGGCAGCCAUCGCCCAACAGCAGGCGGCACGUGCCCAACAAGUUCCGCAACAGCAGCAACCUCCGCAAAAUGAACUACCGGAUGAAGGGGAAAUGCAGGGCGUACCGGAGGAUCCGGGAGCUGCUGCCGUUGCCGCUGCUCAAGCCGUACAGUAACGGUGCGGAAUGGGUCAUAGUAAGCAUCGAAACACUACACAAUCACCUACCUUUGAUUUGGAUUUGCGCUCUCCUUGACCGUGUGAAAAUAAUUUAAGUUGAGUUAGUCUGGGAUUCGGAUCAUCAGUGCUGAAGAUAUUCAAAUUUUACCAAUGCUACGACUCGAAAUAACCGCAGACGAUCGAGACCAGGAAAUCUAUACAGAUACACACGAAAUAUAGGUUCUUUUUGUUGUAUUUUUAUAUUAUGUUUGGGAGUUAUGUAUCAUAGCAUGAAUUAAAAAGAUAGAAAAAAAACAUGAAACAUGAAAAAUUUGAAGAAAAAAAAUGAAACAGAAACUAAAGAUACUGUUGUUAUAGUAGUCAUAAAUAGUGAGUUUAAUCAUUAAUUCAAAAUAUGAUCCUAGGAAGUGAAUCAUACUGUGGAAUGGAAGUUAGCAGUAAGUUGAGGCGAGUUUGAAUUAAUUUAUAUUAAGGAACACAUAAAACAUUAAAAAAAACAACUUUGAGGUGAGCUGCAAGUCGAAGAAACUCAAAGAAAUCAUAGCGUAAAUAGACAAAAUGUACAUCAGGCAGUCAAACUCAUACACAUGCACACAAAUUAUUAACAAUUGUUAUUUUAUUCCUUUCAACACCUACCUACAAGGACCCAAAAAGAUUCAUAUUCUCCGCAAGGAUUAAGCCACUCGCCACGAUAGGGGCAAUGUUUGAACUGAAUCGAUAGUUCCCCCUCCUUGAGCGCAUUGAAUUUCGUCGCAUUAGGUAACUGAUAAAGAACUGAUAAGUAAAUGAGUCUAAUCAAA